AGAGGAGAGAACACAACUCAGGAAAGAGAGACGAGAAUUGUUUUUAGUUCGUCGCGAAAAAGAGGCACAAAUCAGAUGUAUUGAGCAUAAGAUGCAAAGAGUGGAGAUUCAUCAGGAAUGGGAGCGCUCUCAUCAACACCUCUCCAACUAUAUUCAGACCAAAACCAAACCAAAUCUCUUUUAUUUACCGACAAAACACACGCCGGAGACUGAAAAGAGAUUACAAGAGACUAAAGACAAAUACAGAUUAAUUGUUGCCGAAAAGAGAGCUAAAGUACAGAAAGAGUUGUCAGAAAUCGACGAACUCUACAAAAAAGAGGAACAAAAACUGUUGGCCGAAGAGAUGGGAGACAUCGAUACCCACGAGUCUAACGCCAAAGAAAACUCAGAUGAGACUAAAACUUUGGCCCAAAAUGAGAGUCAAUUAUCAAUAGAAUCUAACAAUAAUAGCAAUAAUAUAAUUAUUUCAGACGAAGACAAUAAUAUUAAUGUCUCCAAUGAGACGACAAGCGGUUCAGUCGUCAACUCAGCUGAAGACACAUCUAAUGGUGUGAAGACUGAGAGCGUUGAACACGAGUUGGUUGAGACACACGAAGACACCAUCGAAGACAAAGAGUUUGAGCCGAUUUAUGAUGAAUGA